AUGGCCGGUCCCGACCCGGGUGUGCCGUUCAUCCGGGUUACAGGCUCUGGCAGACGUGCACCUGGCGCCGUGUGCCCUGGACCGGCGCCGCCGUCCCGGAGAUUCAACUACUUCCCAAACCCGCUUGAUUCUCUGCCACACGUUGUUAUUGGAAAUAUCCUAGGAUGGCUGCCGCGAGAUGACUGCUUCUGGCGCUGCGUUACUGCCAUGCACGUGGCAAAAGCCCUGUCCGUCGCCACUGUGCAACCUCUCCGCAUUGUCCCGCUGAGCUGGCUCGUCUCGUGGGAACGCGGCAGCCCGCCCAAGGUGGCUUCGGGAGACGCGGUGGAAAACGUCCCGAGCCUUGUUCGGUUCACUAUCGACCGCGAUGGGCUGAGCAAAGUCGAGAAGCUGGUAGAGCCACCGCAGUUCAAUCGACAACGGUUCGAUGACAAGGCGUUUGUGAUUGAGCGCGAAGACGUAUUUGGGCCCAGCCUGGCCGUGUUCAAGCUGUCGUUGCUCGAAGAUUUCGAAGACUACAAGUUUGCGGUCUGGGAUACGCCGACACCCCCCGACCUCGCCCAUUGUCCUAUCACGCUAGAGAGGCCUCUCUCUAUACGCCGCUACCACAGCGUCGAUCUUACCGCCGUUACCGGCAUCACCUUCUUCAUUCUUGGCGGUAGCAUAUUCGGAGCACACGGUCACACUCGAGCCCGCCCCAGUGCCAUGGCCACCUACCAACAUCUCGGUAGGAGGGUUCGGGACCUGGAAAAAUAUGGAGAUUGGGUGUAUGUUCCUCUGCCCCCGGGAGACACUGUUCGGGCCGUUGGCGAUUGCCGGCUGCACGUAGACCCGUCUACUACGUUUGAGAGGCCCUCUCGCCUUGCCUUUCUAGACCACAAGGAGUACGGUGAAGGAGUGGAGGUCCUGUUCGAUGCGCUGCCCUCUGCGGAUGACCCGGGUUUGGACAACUGGUUGUAUUAUGAGAUGAAAGGGACAUUGGACUUUUGGCUUCACCCGCGUAACGAGAGCAUAUCGGUACGAGGGGGCGCGCAAAUCCCCCAAAUGGAUUUAUGGGAGGAGGUACCGGAGGGGGAGUAG